CUCCUGGCAAUGGCCCUAGAUCGCUAUGUGGCCAUCUGUGACCCCUUGAGACAUGCCACCAUCUUCUCCCAGCAACUCUUGACUCACAUUGGAGUGGGGGUGACACUCAGGGCUGCCAUUCUUACAAUACCAUCCAUUAUGCUCAUCAAAUGUCGUCUGAAACUCUACCGAACUACAGUCAUCUCUCACUCUUACUGUGAGCACAUGGCCGUUGUGAAGCUAGCUAUCGAAGAUAUCCGGAUCAACAAGAUAUAUGGCCUCUUUGUUGCCUUCAGCAUCUUAGGGUUUGACAUAAUCUUCAUCACCUUGUCUUAUGUUCAAAUCUUUGUCACUGUGUUUCAGUUGCCCCAGAAGGAGGCACGGUUCAAGGCCUUUAAUACGUGCAUUGCCCACAUCUGCGUCUUCCUGCAGUUUUACCUCCUUGGUUUCUUCUCUUUCUUCACACAUAGGUUUGGCUCUCACAUACCACCGUAUGUUCAUAUCCUCCUAUCAAACCUUUACCUGUUAGCCCCACCUUUUCUCAACCCCAUUGUUUAUGGUGUGAGGACCAAACAAAUUCGUGACCGUGUCCUGAAAAUAUUUUUCUCCAAAAAAAAUUCUUGA